AGAAAAGAGGUUAACAGGGCUAUUUCAAAGAAAGAGACACUCUGAGAUCUGUUUCGGAGAUGACAAUUAUGCUCCAACUACUGAGUGCAGUGUUUACAGUUGCUCUUCUAAGAGGAUGUGACGCACAACUAGCAGAAUGUGGCAAAGCCCCUCUCAACACAAGGAUAGUAGGGGGACAGAAUGCUUCUGUUGGUUCUUGGCCAUGGCAAGUCAGUCUUCACAGGAAUGGUCAACAUUUCUGUGGUGGAUCACUCAUCAACAAUGAAUGGGUCUUGACAGCAGCUCACUGCUUUGACAGUACUUUAACUGAUGGCCUAACUGUGUACCUGGGGCGACAGACGCAGUCAGGAACAAAUUCAAACGAGGUGUCCAGAACUGUCUCACAAAUCAUUAUACAUCCAAACUACAGUUCCAUCUCUUAUGACAAUGACAUCACUCUCCUGCAUCUGUCUUCAUCUGUGAAUUUUACUGACGUCAUAAGACCGGUCUGCCUGGCAGCUGCAGACAGUACAUUCUUCAACCGCACUGUGAGCUGGGUCACUGGAUGGGGAGAUACUCAAACCGGUGUUCCCCUGCCUUCAUCAAAACCGCUACAGGAAGUGCAAGUGCUUAUUGUUGGAAACAGGCAAUGCAAGUGCCUUUAUGGAAUCAAAAUCUUAGACAACAUGAUCUGUGCUGGACUACUGGAAGGGGGAAAAGACUCCUGUCAGGAUGACUCUGGUGGACCUAUGGUCAGCAAACAGGGCUCAGUCUGGAUCCAGUCUGGGGUUGUGAGCUUUGGCAAUGAUUGUGCUUUAGCUGGGUUUCCUGGUGUCUAUGCCAGAGUGUCUCAGUAUCAGACCUGGAUCACCCAACAGAUUAACCAGCCAAAUAACCAGCCCGGCUUCAUCAAAUUCAUCUCCACUGGUUCUGACGGUGAUCUGAGCAUAAGCUGUGCUAAUGUGCCUGCCAUUACGUCAACUGCUGCUCCUGCUACUACAACCGUUGCACCUGUAGUGUGUGGAAGUGCAAAACUGAAUACUCGUGUGGGAGGAAACAGCUCCCUUGCAUCUUCAGGUGUAUGGCCAUGGAUGGCCAGUCUGCAGCUUAACGGCAGUCAUGUUUGUGGAGGAGCAAUGAUUGCUGAACGGUUUGUCAUGAGCUCUGCCAGCUGCUUUUCCAGAUCUACCAAUGCCUCCGAUUGGACUGUGAUCCUGGAUCGGAAUGGCACCAACCCCAAUGAGCUCUCUGUAAAAGUGGCAAACAUUACAAUCAGCAAUUUCACAGGUGACAAUGUUGCAGUCUUGCAGGUGGCCAGUGCACCAAAACUGUCAGAUUUCAUUCAGCCCAUAUGCGUGGACCAGGGAGAUAGUACCUUCAGUGCUGAUACUCCAUGUUGGGUGGCAGGCUGGGGCAAAGGAGCAGGAGGAGCUAAUCAAGCUCUUCAGGAAUUCCAAACUGCUAUAGUGAAUUGUGGGAACUCAUCCUCAAACAAUAGUAUUUGUACAAGUUCUUUGAACUUACAGGAGGGUGAUCAAGGUGGUCCGUUAAUGUGUAAACAAGGUCUGUCAUGGGUCCAUGCUGCUGUUCUGACCAUCCAGAGUAGCACUUCAAACAGCAGCACUAAUACAAUGUCCAGUAACAGCACUGUGGUAAGCCGGUCUCUCCGUGCUCAAGACAUCCAGGUCUUCACUAAAUCCUCCAGCUAUGUGGCAUUUGUAAAAUCUCUGGUUGGUUCUUUCCCUCAAAAAGCCACAAAUAGCACAACUGCAAAUGCAACUGCACCCAGCAGCACAGUCCAAGCGCCCAUCAUAAGUGGAUCACAGUCCUUCUGUUUUAAUACUGUCCUUUUGUUACUUCUAGCACUUCAAAUCUUUCAUCAAGGUUAUGAGUUUGCAGAGAAACUCACUGCCAGCCUAUUACUUGUGCUAACUACACCCCAUGUUGGGACAGGAUGUGAAGCACAACUAGCAGAAUGUGGCAAAGCCCCUCUCAACACAAGGAUAGUAGGGGGACAGAAUGCUUCUGUUGGUUCUUGGCCAUGGCAAGUCAGUCUUCACAGGAAUGGUCAACAUUUCUGUGGUGGAUCACUCAUCAACAAUGAAUGGGUCUUGACAGCAGCUCACUGCUUUAAAAGUACUUUAACUGAUGGCCUAACUGUGUACCUGGGGCGACAGACGCAGUCAGGAACAAAUUCAAACGAGGUGUCCAGAACUGUCUCACAAAUCAUUAUACAUCCAAACUACAGUUCCAUCUCUUAUGACAAUGACAUCACUCUCCUGCAUCUGUCUUCAUCUGUGAAUUUUACUAACUUCAUAAGACCGGUCUGCCUGGCAGCUGCAGACAGUACAUUCUUCAACCGCACUGUGAGCUGGGUCACUGGAUGGGGAGAUACUCAAACCGGUGUUCCCCUGCCUUCAUCAAAACCGCUACAGGAAGUGCAAGUGCUUAUUGUUGGAAACAGGCAAUGCAAGUGCCUUUAUGAAAUCAAAAUCUUAGACAACAUGAUCUGUGCUGGACUACUAGAAGGGGGAAAAGACUCCUGUCAGGGUGACUCUGGUGGACCUAUGGUCAGCAAACAGGGCUCAGUCUGGAUCCAGUCUGGGGUUGUGAGCUUUGGCCGUGAUUGUGCUUUAGUUGGGUUUCCUGGUGUCUAUGCCAGAGUGUCUCAGUAUCAGACGUGGAUCACCCAACAGAUUAACCAGCCAAAUAACCAGCCCGGCUUCAUCAAAUUCAUCUCCACUGGUUCUGACGGUGAUCUGAGCAUAAGCUGUGCUAAUGUGCCUGCCAUUACAUCAACUGCUGCUCCUGCUACUACAACCAUUGCACCUGUAGUGUGUGGAAGUGCAAAACUGAAUACUCGUGUGGGAGGAAACAGCUCCCUUGCAUCUUCAGGUGUAUGGCCAUGGAUGGCCAGUCUGCAGCUUAACGGCAGUCAUGUUUGUGGAGGAGCAAUGAUUGCUGAACGGUUUGUCAUGAGCUCUGCCAGCUGCUUUUCCAGAUCUACCAAUGCCUCCGAUUGGACUGUGAUCCUGGAUCGGAAUGGCACCAACCCCAAUGAGCUCGCUGUAAAAGUGGCAAACAUUACAAUCAGCAAUUUCACAGGUGACAAUGUUGCAGUCUUGCAGUUGGCCAGUGCACCAAAACUGUCAGAUUUCAUUCAGCCCAUAUGCGUGGACCAGGGAGAUAGUACCUUCAGUGCUGAUACUCCAUGUUGGGUGGCAGGCUGGGGCAAAGGAGCAGGAGGAGCUAAUCAAGCUCUUCAGGAAUUCCAAACUGCUAUAGUGAAUUGUGGGAACUCAUCCUCAAACAAUAGUAUUUGUACAAGUUCUUUGAACUUACAGGAGGGUGAUCAAGGUGGUCCGUUAAUGUGUAAACAAGGUCUGUCAUGGGUCCAUGCUGCUGUUCUGACCAUCCAGAGUAGCACUUCAAACAGCAGCACUAAUACAAUGUCCAGUAACAGCACUGUGGUAAGCCGGUCUCUCCGUGCUCAAGACAUCCAGGUCUUCACUAAAUCCUCCAGCUAUGUGGCAUUUGUAAAAUCUCUGGUUGGUUCUUUCCCUCAAAAAGCCACAAAUAGCACAACUGCAAAUGCAACUGCACCCAGCAGCACAGUCCAAGCGCCCAUCAUAAGUGGAUCACAGUCCUUCUGUUUUAAUACUGUCCUUUUGUUACUUCUAGCACUUCAAAUCUUUCAUCAAGGUUGAGAUCAAUCAGGUAUUUUUUAGUAAAGAUCUUAUAACUAUAAUUGUGACUAUAGAAACUUAGACAAAUAAUACAUGUUUCAAUUUGCUUAAUGAUACUGAUUAUAGAAUUGCCAUCAUAAAACAUCAAAAGGAUUUGCGUUGUCCAUUUUUGCUUGACACACAAUGGAGUUGACUUGAAAUAUUUGUUUCUUGUUAUCUUGGACUAUGAGGCUAUUCUGACUAUAUGUAUUACUGUGUAGAAUUUCUUUAUACUGUCAGCAUUUAAGAAUAAGUGCAUUACUAAAAAACUCCCAAUAAACUCAAAUAUUUUAAUGGUAGAAUUUGUAUGCAACAUCGCACUUUAUAGACAUGUCCCAGUUUCAUGUCAUGAUAUUGUGCUACUAUACUGUAUAUGUUCCUGAAUAUUCUUUCCAAAAAUAUAUUUUAUCUCAUUUGUUUUAUCUCACAUGUGUGAUUUUAAUAAAAACUGUUGUUUUAUAAUAAUUUUUGUAAAUUAAGUAACUCUUUUCACCACACUUUUUAAAUGUGAACCAU